AAUAAGACAAACCCACAAGUGCAUUGCGUAGCAAACUUACGACAAAAACGGAAGCUAAAUCCAGAACCUCACGAAAACGCUCGCUUCCUUAUUUGCUCGCAAUGGGCACCGCCUGUAAAUGAUUUGCUUUCCCCGCACUUAUAACGGGCACGCAAGGGAACUGCGGAAAACUGUUGAAGACGGGCUUCGGUCUGCACGAGUUCGCGGCUCACAAAUCGCGCUAUUGAGGAAGUAUGGCAAAACAAUGAAAUCGCGCUCCUGUGGCGAGCUCGCCAAACGGGCGCGACUUUGGCGGUCUGUGUAACAGGGCCUACCCGAUGCCAUUGAGCCCGGUUCUCCUCGGCGGCUAUUCGCGAUAGUACUGCAUGUGACCCAGGGUCGUUUUCAAAGGUCCAUUUUGACCAUAUACCCUGGCAGCAUAAAGGCGGCCCUGUCGGACCGCUGCAAGGAGUCUGUGAUGGGGUUUGGAUUUGGAUUUUGUGGGGCGCGAAACCUGGUUGAGCGCUUGCCCGCGCUCUGCUGCCAGGCACCAGAUUGUAGUGUUAAAAGCAUAGAUAUAUAAAGGCAACUGCAGACCGCGCUUGCGCAAGCAACGCGUCAGGGCAUGUGGGGACUGCAGCUGGCUGCUCCACAGCGGGCGCUGCUGUCGAUUGUGCUGCUGGAGCUGGCGGGGGCUGCUGAAGGAGAGGGGCAAUCCGCUCCGUCGCAGCUGCAACUUCGUUGGCGUCGGCGCCAGCUUGGACGCACCGCGCGGCCAGCGCACGAAGCUGGACAGGCGUUUCCACAGCCAGCGCCGCGCGCCCUGCUGCCAGCUUCCUGAUUGGCAGGUCCCACCCAUCCUUGUGAUUCCAGUAUUUUAGGGCGUCGCGACACUGCGGCGCGGUCUUGCGACCGGCCAGGAGGAUUUCCACAAAUUGGACGGCAGGGAUAGCCCGGGCGAACGACUUGGCGUACUUUUCAAGGUCUUCCAUUACGUGCGAAGCACUGGUUCCUCGCCCUUACGGCCUCCGAGCGGGGCCCGGGGCCCUACAUGUUAUCGGGACGUCGGCGGCGUGGCCUUGGGUAACAAUGAGAACACUACAAUGUGCAACUUAUGUCGGCUGCUACUGUACUAUAAUGCGCGGAGCACUAUGGGCGCGGGAGCUUGGAGUUCAAAGUUCGCUGCGAUGAGGUGAAACCGUGGAACCAUCUUUCAGGGCCGACCCGCUAUGCCACGUCUGAUUCAUGCGGGUGGUACUAGUUGACAUUGUGCAUAAAUUGCACCAGAUUUGGCGCCCGGGUACCGACUUUUGCCCUGCGGGUGUCUGUGGAAAUUAAAUGCUUGCUAUUCGCCGAUGAAUUACGUAUUGUGCAGUGCUUUUCGUUUGCCAAACGACCGAUGCCAGUCCCAGGGUCAGGUCGGCAUCCCCGCAGUUGGUGACUGAGGAGCUCCUUAAUUAAGCAGCGACUGGUGGCCGUUGAGAAAUGCAACGGUUCCUCGCGGUUGACCGGUGUUCCUGUUCCCUCCCUGGUCCCGCGUGCCUUGCUCGCGAGGUCCCGCCGACCAGCUGUACGCAUGCAAUGACGUAAUGACGACUGAUCAUUUGAGGCCCAGUCUUCUGGAAUAGCCGGAUGGGCCCGAUCAAAAUAGCUAGCAGUAGCCGUGGUUUUGAGCUGAAGGGCUGCGGAGAGUCGGGGCCCAUGUAACACACCCACACA